GAUGUUUCAAAAGAGAAGAAGUCUUGUGGCAAUGCCUCAGUGGUCCAGGUAACUACCAGAACUCAGAAAUCCAUGACGGAGACUAAGGCAGCAGAGAUGAAACACAUAGAUGUACAUACAGGAAAUAAUAAAGAAAAAGUCAGUAAAGCCACGAAGAACAAAAGAAAGGUGGAUGCUGAAGCCCAUCCGUCAGAUGAGCCUGUGAAUGAGGAACCAGUGACAAAAAAGAAAAAAAAAGAUGAAAGCAAAUCCAAAAAUAGUACCGAGGUGCCAAAGGAUGACAGCAAGACAGAGGAGACUAAGGGGGACAAUAAAAAGCAAAAUACUUCCAUUAAAAAAGGUGGAAAAAAGAAACCUCAAAAAGGUAAAUCAAGUAAGAAAGGCAGCAGACCUGCUCAGGAGACACAGAAGGAGACCACUCUGGCAGAGCCUCCUUCCAUGGAGCUGGCUCAGGAGGAGGUCUCUUCCGGUCCUGCACUCACUCAGGUGGUGGUCACCCAUACAGGCUCUACUCAGCCCGGGCUUCCUUCUCCCAUGGAUAUUGCUCAGACUGGGCCUGCUCAGAUGGAGCCGCCUCCUCCCCUGGAGCCUGCUCAGAGGGAGCUGCCUUCUCCCCUGGAGCCUCCUCAGAGGGAGCUGCCUCCUCCCACGGAGCCUCCAAAGAUGGAGCAGCCUCUUCCCAUGGAGCUUACUCAGAUGGAACAGCCUCCUCCCAUGGAGCCUGAUCAGAUGGAGCCUCCUCCUCCCAUGGAGCCUGCUCAGAGGGAGCCACCUCCUCCCAUGGAGCCUGAUCAGAUGGAGCCGCCUUCUCCCAUGGAGCCUGAUCAGAUGGAGCCGCCUUCUCCCAUGGAGUCUCAGCGGGGACAUUGUCAGAAGAAGCUGCUUUGUCCUCUGGACCAUGCUCAGGUGGAGGUUGCUCAGACAGGGCCUCCUCACAUGGGAUCUGUUCAGAAGGAGCCUCCUGCUGUCAUGGAGCCACCUCUUCAAGUGAAACCAGUCACCAAAAGGUCUUCUCCCCGAAAAGAGAGUACCAAGAAGUCGGGCAUGUGGAGUGAGGUGGUGCGGCAGGAGCAAGUCCUUAUUGAAGUUGGCUUAGUGCCUGUUAGAGAUAGCCAGCUUCUGAAGGGAAGCAGGCUCGCACAGGAUCUUCCAAAGGGAAACUCAAGAAGAGACGAGACACCCAAGGACCAAGAAAUUGGCUCUGAUGGGGAAGGAAAUAAAACGGCCCCUAUCAAGAAAGUGGGAACAGAGGAAGCUGGCAAGAGUCUGGCUAUGCUUGCUGUUCCCAAGGAAUCUACCAGUGUCUUAUCCUCGGAACAAAACUCAAAUGGGUCAGGUGGUGAAACGUUACAUGAUAAGUGUCAGACUGUUUCAGCUGGGCUUUGUGAAAUGGAAGUGGACACUGAGCAGAACCCAGACAGUGUCCCUGUGAAAGCCUCAGCACCCAAACCGGCUGACUUGAAAUCCUGGGUCCACGUGUGUAAUCCACAGCAAGUGCUGCCAUCUCCCCCUGCUGGUGAGGGAUGUCAUCGCUCCUCCCUCUUCAUGUCCUAUUUCAUCCCAGCUGCCCAUUCUGCUGAAUUGGAGACUCCCAUGAAAAAGUAG